GAGCAACCCACAAUCUGGUUCACUGCAACUCUCAGCAGCUCUCAGGGAGCCUCCCAAGCCAAUGGAGACAGCAUGCCCGCGUUUUGCAAACCGUCACGACAGCGAGUAGCUGCUGCGAGCCGCCCGUUCAGCUGCGUGUAGACAGAAACUCGCCAACAAAGAGGAGGACCAGCGCAGCCAGCAGUGCAGUUCAUCUCUAACAGACAAGCGGGGGCAGGUCGAGGGAUAUAGGUCUGAAAAGUCCCAUAGUUCACGUUCAACAUGAAGAAAAGCCAUUUGGUCAAAAGGGGACUUCAAGAUGCCAACCAGCUGUCAUCGCAGCCGGACAAAGUAGGCUGGAUCCGCAAGUUCUGUGGCAAGGGCAUUUUCAGGGAAAUAUGGAGAAAUCGCUUUGUGAUGCUGAAAGGGGACCACCUGUAUAUUUUUGAAAAAGAGAUGAAGAAUGAUGGGAAGACACAUGAGGUGUUUGAUCUGGCUGAGUAUGAGCGCUCAGAGGAGGUGCGCAAGGCCAAGAGCCACAGCAAGAAGAACCUCAGCAAGUUCACCCUCCUGCGCUGCCGCCAGUCUGCAGCUCGGACGCCCAAUCUCAUGUUUUUGGCUGUUAGUCCGGAAGAGAAGGAGUCUUGGAUCAAUGUUCUGAACACAGCUAUUAUCAGAGCCAAGAACCGUGUUCUCGAUGAGGUCACAAUCGAGGAGGAAAGCCUGUUGGCUCACCCGACACGUGAUCGUGCCAAGAUCCCACUUGGGCGCCGCCUGCCCACGCGGGGUCAUCUUAUGGCUGUGGCCUCCACUUCUUCAGAUGGGAUGCUAACUCUGGACCUGGUGCACGAGGAGGACGCUAGCAUGCUGGAGGAGGAUUAUGCAGUGUGGGUAAAGGACCAUCGGGGUAACCUGGAUGUUCUGGCUCCUGGGCGGAAGCGCGCUGGCACAGAUGCCUCCAGGCCUCGAGUCACCCCUGUAGAGGCCAGGGUGAAGACCAGCAGUCUGCCCCGUGGGAGUGAGCUCUCAUGGAGCCACCAAAGCCAGACUCAUACUCCUCAGCCUGGCAAGAAGAUGUUGGCUCAGGGUAGGAAUCGCUGUGGCUCCAUGGAUGAUGCUUUGUCUCGUGGAGAACGAAGGCCCAUCAAGAGGGAUGGUUUCAGUCACCAGGCCACAUUAGCCCAGAGUCCAACAAGCCACCUACAGGACCUCAUCAACCAGCGGCUACAGAGGACACAGGAGCUAUUGGCCAAGGUACAGGAGCAGGAGCCGCACAGGGGCCGAAUGGGCUCCUACACCCAUUUGAGGGGCGUUGAUUCCCCAAGGCUGCGACACUUAAAGGGUUCAGAGUCACCUCACUCCAAAAGCUCCAGCUCUCACAGCUCAACUCACGGCAAAAGUGUAGAAUCUUCUCCUCAACUUAAGGCCAGGGAUUCACCAAGCUCAAAGACAAAGGACUCACCUCGUGUCAAAGCAAAGGAUUCUCCUGGUUUGAAGUCCUCAAAGUCCCCUCACUCCAAGGGCAACUUCCGUUCGAAAAGCAUUGACUCUGCUGAUUCAAAGGGUUCCAGCUCCCCCCGUAUUAAAUGCAUCGACCUGACCCAUAUCAAGAGUUCAGACUCUCCUCUUUCUGCUGGCUCCAUUUCACCCCAUUUAAAGGGUAUAGACUCGCCCAAUUUGUGGCUUACAAAUUCACCACAUUUUAAAGGGCUAAAGGGCACAGACUCUCCUCUCAGUGAGGUGCUGGACUGGGAAAGUAGAAGGGCAGCAGCUGAACGUCUGCUACAGGAAGCUAUCUCCUCCUGGGAGGAAGCAAGGGAGGUUCUAGCAGAGGUAAAGGAGCUACAGGCCAGACAGCAACGGGCAGAGCAGAGCAAGACUGCAGCUCCCUCCACACCCUCAAAGGACGACAAGCAUGAAAGCCUCUGAUGCCCCUAUUGCCAGUCACAGUGCUUUAUAUGACUCAUAGGCCUAUUCCCAUGAAAUGAUGUGAGACAUCACAAUAAAUACAUGAAAUGCACUGGGAACUUUUUUGUAACUAUUUUCUCCAGUAAAUUUUCUCACACUACAUUAUUCAUUGGCGCUCCAACACCACAGUCCUUUAUCUUUGCCCUGUAAAUUACUGUAAUUUUACUGCAAGUUUUUCCCUCUCCCAGCUAAUGUAAAGGUGCACUUUUUUGCUGUUGUUAACAGAAGAUUUAAUUUUUUGUUGUACCACCCUCAGUGGACCUCACUGGUUUGUGGCAUACUUUUCACAGUUGCCCUCAAGGAUAAAUCUGUUUCGAGGAGUGUGUGAUGAGUUUUCUGUGCAAUAUAGAGCAGUGGGUUUCAGUUCUAGGUCAGAUUUGUUCGUGACCCAGACACACCACCCAGUGGUGUUGUUGUCAUGCCCUCGUGGGCCACUUGGCCAUAAUGUGGAUUUCAUUAUAAGCUUUUUGCGAUAUUACAGAAAUUAACAUGUACAUACUUUGAAAAUAAAAUGUUAAAUUAUCUGGAUUAAAGAGUUUUUUAUUUACAGAGAAUAUGGUUUUAUAUAGUUAUUGCAGUCAUGCAAAAACCUUGUGUCUCCAUUUUUGUUUUUUUUUUGUUUUUUUUACAUAAUUUGAAAACUCUUUGUUACAGUUACCAUUUGCAUUAUCUUAAAAUUGCAUUAUGAACACACCACAGAAGUGGUCCAGAAUUACUUGGAACUUCCAUUACAACUUACGAAUAUUUUCUUUACUUCUCCUGUAAAGUCACCAUUUUGGAGAUAAGAGGUUUUGUUCUGACAGUGAUGAGACAAAUUAUAUACUGUAAUUUUGUAUACUGUACGUUUGGUAGUCAUGUAUGGUAGUGAGUUUGUGAACGAGCAAUGCUCAUUUAUUAUUUUUCUUUCAUUUCUGUGUAGUUAUGACUAUGAGGUAUUAUGUGAGUAUCUCUAAUAACAUUCUCCAUUCUCAUCCAAUUAACUUCUCCAUGCCCCGCCCACAAAUGCAUCAUUUUGUAGCAACUUAAUAGAAUGUUGGCAAAAAUCCAAUUUAGCUUAAUGAGAAAUUGUAGCACAAAACAAUGUCUGAAAAUUCAGUCUUAUGAAUUUCAAAUGAUAUUUAUAUUGUAUGGGUGUGAAAGGUUACACUGUUAGAUUGUUUUUAUGUUGUGUAAUGAAGCCACUGUUAGCAUGAUGGCAAAUUCAUUGUUGUUUGUUGUCAGAUUCACUGCCUAGUUUCAGUUAGCAGCAAUAACAUAGUCCAACUUGGUGCCAUAGCCAUUUAACACCUGUUAAAUGAGCAGAAUCCACCAGCAGUCCUCACUUCUAAAACCUUAGAAUAAUUCAGUCAUUUUCUAUUAUUUUCCAUAUAAUUGCUGCAGUGUAAGAGUGGAACAGAGCAAAAGUGGAUUGUAAGUGUCUUGAGGUUUGAAUUGACAUAAAUUAUUGCUUUUGUUUUUCAGACCUAUAAUUUUGCUUUGCAUUGUUUGAUCCAAAGUAUUUAUUUGAGUUGAAUAAAACUGCUUGUUACCCCAGCUUGAACUGACAAACCAUUUUUUACAGUAUGAAUACUAAGCUUUAGUCGGUGAAUUUAAAGGGUUAUUCUGAAAAUGUCUGUGUUGUGAAUCUAAAUACAAACCUAUAGGUUGAAUGGGGUUUUUGCCAAUGUUGGAUGCAAGGCUGGAUAAAGCUUAUGCAGCCUUUCACCAGUUGCUGUGAAACAAUACAUUUGGGGCCAGAGCUUUGGUCUUUUAGUUAAGCUCAUUUAUCAGGUCAUACAGCCUACAUUAGAUCAUAGUUUCGAGGAAGCCUCAGGUGUUAUUACACUCUUUGAGCUAUAACAGAAUUCGUUCUGACUGUUCAGCUGGCCCAGCUGGUAACCAUACGUGCACUUUCAUAACUGUCGUUUAGAUUGAAGCUCAGUGAAACACGUUC